AUGGUCAGAAAAGCCGCCAGCAAAGUGUACGUAAGGUAAUUGAGGCUUGGGUAUGAAGCCAAGUGCCGCUGAGCAGGUGUGUUGUACUUGUCUGCGCCACAGCACGGUAGGCGCAGGGAUGGUGACUUUUGUGUGUACCAGUUUAUAUUGAUAGUAGGCUUGGGCAGCAUCUGCCACACUCCCCCUUCCCUCACCCACCUGAGCCUGGUAACAAGAUUCAAGUGGACCGGAGGCAAGAUCGGGCGCAGCAUUUGACAGAGUUAAGCAGUCCGUCUACGUCUGUCACACACGCCUGGUCCGCGUACAAUGGACCAAAUUUUCACUAGACAAGGGUGGGCUUCUAAGUCGCGGCUUAUGGCACACCAGGGUAGUAUAAAAGUGUUUCAGAUUUUUUUGUGUAAGGGGCAGUAUACGUUGAGUGCCGCGGGGACGUAAUCUCCAAAGUCGGCCACACUAUCUUUUCCCCUUUCACAGGCACCAGUCGACUGUCCGAGCAGGCCAAACAUCUGAUACGGGAAUCGGGUGCAGGUGGCUGAUGCGCACCAGAAUACCCAACAUGUGGGGCAAUUUUAUGGAUGUGUGGCCCAAAUAACGCGAGCCGUACCCUUGUCUGGGCUGCGUGUCCAUUCAGCGCAACUCGCGAGUAGUCCGUUAUAGGGGAACACUGGGGAGUCGGACGCUUCGCUGACGUCAUACAGCGGCAGAAUAUCGGUGAAACGUGUGUCUGGGUUUUUAGCUAGUAUCUGUGCUGUCAGUGUGAUAGAGCGCGCAGUCAUGCACGAUGACACAAGAUCGGGCCGAUUGGCCCAUCCAAUGUAAAAGGUCUGCAGUGCUGGUCUUUUCAUAUCUCCGAAGUUUGACCCGGAAACCGGUCCACAGGCUCAGGCGAAUAGACUAUUUUUUCCAAUGACCAGCUUUUCUUCUUUAAAGGAACAUGUCGUAGCAUGACAGUCGUGCUAAAAACGUCGUGACUUGUAUACUACAUACAAAGCUAAUUAGUUUUCCCAGAAAAAGUGAACGAACACGCACUUCCUAUGAUCGUUUUGCAGGAAAUAAGCUCAUUUUGGCUCAGAAAUGAGUGAUUCUGUGAAUUCUGGUGCCCUAUUGAACGUAGGCACAUCUUGAUAUCCACGCGUCUGUUCAUCCUGCUAAAAUUUUGGGCAGUUGCCGAUGUAUUUAAAUAGUUAAUGAUGUCUGAGUAGGACUGAUUUAUGUGGUUUCUUAAAGAGGACAUGGGAAUGGGUACGCCCCACUCAAGUACUAAAGGUGGACCUGCAUAUAAUUCCAGAAAGGGCGAGAUAUUCCCGUAUCCUAACUCCAACAAUAACCUUAAUAUAUAACUAAACCACUGCCCUAACUGCGACCCUAACCCUCCCCUAAACCUAAACCCUGCAAUUCAUACUAUUCCCUAUCUUAAACCUAAACGUCAUUUUGACUUACAUUACCGUUGACUUUAAAACUAGCCUUAAACCUAAUCCCGAACCUAACCCUAAACCUUACCUCAAACCUAACCCUAAUUUCAUUGGAAGUCGGUUCAAAGUCACACUUAUUGUAGUCGGUCCCUGUUUUUAUGUUCUGUUUAGGGGGACACGUAAGUCAGUCCUACCGGCGUUUGAAGUGCAGAUCCAAUGGAAGUGACAAGGCGUGUUCCAGGAAGCAGUUCAGGAGGAGAUUCGAGCGCUGGAACAAAAAGUUUAUCCGCCUGACAUUUCGGAUUCUUACUAGAGCCGCUGAGGGGUUUGAGUGAGCAUCUCAAACGUCAGGCGAUUGAACUUUUUGUUCCAACGGAUGUGUCUCUCUCUUCUAAACUGCCUUCUGGAACGGGCCUCUUAACUUCAGCCGACAACCUCUUUGGGCAUGGCGCACUCUACUCAGUUCGACAAUGGGGAAAAUUUGUCUUUUGUGAGUCGUCUCUUUGUGUCUCGACAAUGACAUAUAACCAAAGUAUGUCUCAUAGAAAGCGGCAAACGCAUGGCUGGCGAGACGCGCAGUUUUUCAGUACAACAGACGAAUGAUUUGAGUGCUUGUUCCAGCUUGUCAUUCGAGACUUCGCGAAUACCGUCACAAGACUGGCCGAGAGAAGACCGAGUACUACAAGUUCAUGGACGAGAACGGUACAAAACUGCUUCGGCAGAGACUUUCCACACGAACCGGUGAACAGAGAGCGGUACGUGAAGCAGCAGGGGAAAACAAGUUCCUUGCUCUGCCUUCAGUGCCAUCUAGAAAAGGGAAAAUUGAUACAACAGGUGCAGGUGUUAGGACAUAGGUCAUCAUUGAAGCCCACCAGCAUGAUUUAAGUAGUGGAGUCAGUCCUCAAUCAGACAAUAGCGACAGACGCAUCGAAGAACCUAGACCCUUGUCUGUGACUGCCUCUAAUGAUGGACUCGAAUGAGAAUCCGAAACGUCUGGCGAAGCGACUUCUUGUCCCAGCGACUGCAUCUUCUUAUCCUACAGGAGUUCGUACCGAAAUCAGCUGAGUUGCAAAGGUGCUUUCUGAUAGUAAGGACGCCAUGCAACUUUGAAGUCUUACUUAUUUUUACAUAUAGAAAUUGAUGUUCAAAAAGAUGCGACUUACCGCGUCCUAUACCAUCAAAUAGUCUGUUUGUUUCCAGGAAAACUAAAUAGUCUUGCAUAACAAUCAGAAGCCGAUGGCGGAACUUUAGGCUAUAAAAGUAGUCAGGCUUGGUGGACCAUCGAUGUAUCACAAGAUUUGAUGUUUACUAUAGCUAGUUUAGGUAUAAUUUUAGCGUCUUCUUACCGUGUGUUUAGUUCCUACGGUCUUUAAAGAACUUGAAUAAUAUACCAGCUCAACAGAGGAGUACGCAGCGGUCUUCAUGAAAGACACUGACAAAGGUUAACGCAAAGUUCUGGUCGCUUGUAAACUUCGUGUUCCUCUCAAAAGUUCACUAGCCGUAAAUACAUGUAUGAAAGCCGGAUAGUGUAGACGGCCUAAAAAAAUCAAAAUGCCGACGUUAUAGCGCGAUGUACAGUACUUUUGGUCGCCAAUACAGCCACCACGAUUUUUGACAUUCAAAAACCUGUUUUUCGGUCUCGGGAACUUAACUCGUUUACGGUCUAGUGAGUUUGCGAAUUGCAUUUGUGAUCCUGGAUCGUAUAGUUAAUCAAAAGAAGACGGUUAUGCUGAGUUCACGGGAGUCUUGACAACCCAGUAAAUGCUAACCCUGUGUAGAACCAGCUGAUUCGUGCCCUCACAGACGUCAGUGAAAACCGUCGAUGAUCAGAAGUCCAGUCUCACUCAGCAUUCUUCUUCCUAUGAGUUUUGAAACCACCGCAUGCAUGUUCCAGUAGGCUCACUCGCAACAUUCAGAGCACGGCAUGUUUCGAAAUGCUGGCAUCUUCAGACGCACACCCACAACGAGUCCGCUCAAAUGCUUCCUGCGCUGCGACCGCAAUCUCUUCUUAAAUUGUCCUUCAGUGAUCCAGGAACCAUAAAGCUUUCCAUUCAGUGGUUAAUUUCGCUCUUAUACAAUGAAUCUAGCCUGAACUUAGCAGAGAACCUCGAUCUCUGAACUGACAGUGCCUUCCGCGCUGUCAGCCCUAAUGCCCGGUUGACCUUUCACUCAGCUGUUGACAUUUGAGAUCAAUUGAAUGACCUGUGAACAGGCAGGUAUUCAUUAAUCUCAACGAAUUUACCUUUUCGACGUUGUUUAUAAUGCGCGUGCAUUUUGCAUACACGCAGUGUAGAACAGUCGGAAUUUGCUUGCUGACCUUACAUGCUCCUUUAGAGGUAGUAUCAACAGAUACUGGCCUUCUUGGCUCGUUCGUCGUCUUGAAACGGUCAACCAUAUCUUAACCUAAAACCGCGAAGAGGUGAGAAUUUACCUUGAUUCCAGUUGGUCAAUGAGGUAAGGCAAUUCGUACAUGCCUCAUUUGCUCGUCUCAUCCGAAGGCAUCGUUGCGAGGGACGACACCGUCUAGCAUCAAACAAUUAACUUCGUAAGCCCCUCUGGUUCCUUAUUUAUGUUUGCACGCGUGACAUAAUUCAGUAAGACUGCUCUAGACGGCUGCACGUUGGGAGCUCACAGCACCCUAGAUGGUCACCCACUCUACAGCAGUCGGACGCAUGCAGACUCUCAGGCGACGUUUCAGCAGUUGGCAUGUCAGUCCUUCUUGUCCGGAGGAGGAGGAGGGGGGGGGGUGGAGGAGGGCGCAACUUGCCUGUGCAGAAUGAUGCGACGUCAGCAAAGGGUUGUAUAUACAAGAAAUGCAGCAAAAUUAGUAUUCCGUGAAGGAUAUCCUCUCUCAGGGGAAGAUGGUCAGUUUAUGAUCCAGAUUCAGGCAAAAACAGUACAUGCGGAUAUUGCCUCACAAAAACCACUCCAUGUAGAUUUCUAUUCAACUUUGUCAUGUCUAUAUGUGCAUGUAAGUUGGUCCAUGAAACUGACAUUAAACGUGACUACUAACAGAACUCUAGCUUAGCUGCUUUGCUAAGUCAGACGUUAGUACCCCAGCCGAAAUACCGUUUGGAAGUAGAUGCGACCAGCAGAUCGAGCUGCAUUAAAACCUGUUCAGUUCGGGUUGCAGUAAGCUCAGUUUGCCAUAAAGAUGCGCCGUUCUUUUGGCAGCACGUUUCCAGACAAGCCCUGAUAACUCUCUGCAUUUGCAACUUCACCACUCAGCUUUUUAAUCAGUCCGAGUCAUGUGCGACAGGGGUAUUCAGGUAAAAAAAGGCGUGUGCUGAACUGACCAAACGCGAUAAGCGCGACUGGCCGCGCUCGGGACUGCGAAAGUAAACUUCUACAACGUUCUCCAGUUGUGAUUUACUGCCAGUCUCUUGUGCUGAAGCGAUUUGCAUUCUCUUGCAUCAGACGGUAAAACCAGAAAAUAAAUUCCCCUUUCCAGGUCUUCUGAGCUCCUCUUUGGGGACAGCGGUGAUGAUGAUGAUGAUGAUGAUGAUGAUGAUGAUGAUGAUGAUGAUGAUGAUGAUGAUGAUGAUGAUGAUGAUGAUGAUGAUGAUGAUGAUGAUGAUGAUGAUGAUGAUGAUGAUGAUGAUGAUGAUGAUGAUCAUGACGACGACACGCUUUACACAUCACGUAGUUUGGCCGCCUGUAAAUGGUCGCCUGUCAACCACGUUUGGGCCGUCCAAACUAUGUCCCCGUCUACUUGUGGGGGCGAAAUUCUGCUUAACUAA